GAUUGAGUCGAGCGUUCAUGCUCCGAUGGUAUCUUGUUGAUCUCAUGAUACGACGGAAUUACCUCAUUUGUAGCUCUGCAAUUGGACGUGCGCUUGUGGACUCGGUCCGUCAUAGUAGGAAACAUCUAUACCUCCACGGUGCAACUUUAUAGGGUGCAGGUGAUUAUUUAUUUUUUUAAUCAUCCCUGUGAGCUUGUAACACAACACAGUGGGGAAUAAGGGUGCACCCGAAGAGGGAUCCUCGACACCCCGGCCCCGGGUGCGGGCACGCUUAAGGUGCUGGACAUCUAGACUCUAGCAAGGCAGGGAUGUUACCACAAAGGCGAGCAUGGAGCACCUUAUCAGCAUCCACGGCUAUGGAAUAAACCAGCGCAGCAUAGAAUGACGGGAUCUGUAACCAGUCAGGGCAGAAAAAAUGGUCCCUCAGUCGGGAGCGAGAACAACUCCCAAGGCAGCUACCAAUCGUGCAAAGAGCUUGCAAAGUUGUCAGCGUCCUCAAAGGCAGAUGUUGAAGCUCUCAGCAAAGACAGCGGACAGGUUCGAUUGGAGGAGCUUGGAUACAGGCAGGAGCUACGACGAGAGUUUGGGCUCCUCACAAGCACGGCAGCAGGCUUUGCUGUUAUGUCCUACAUGCUGGGCAUCACAGGAGGUCUGCCAAUAUCUUAUGUGAACGGAGGGCCGCUGUCGGCUAUAUGGGGAUGGGUCUCGGUCUCAAUUGCCAACAUUCUGGUUGGACUGUCCGUGGCCGAGCUGGCCUCUUCCUACCCACUGGCAGGCGGGCCUUACUUCUGGGUUGUGGAGCUGACAGGCAACAAUCCCAAAUGGGGCCUGCUAGCCUUCCUCACAGGCUGGCUGAAUGUGCUGGGCCAGUUUGCGGCCACGUCUGGGGCCGGCUUCCUGGCAGCUGGCCUGGUGGAUGACAUAUGGGGCAUGGUGCGCCAGGGAGAUGACCUAACACGCCAAGAAACCCUCCUCGUUUACUCAAUCUGCCUGUUGCUGGCGGGCGGGGUGAGUUCAAUGCCCACGAGGGGGAUCCAGUGGUUCACCCUUUACGCGGCCGGCUUCUCGGCAGCGGCAGGCCUCCUCAUCACAAUCAUGCUGCCCAUCGUGGCGGUCAAUAAGCAGCCCGCCAGUUUUGUCUUCCUGACAUUCCAUGGAGACAACCAUCCAAACACCGGGAUAGACACCGGAUCACCACACGACUUUUACACCUUCCUGCUCGGGACCCUGUGCGCCCACUUCACAUUUGUGGGCCUGGAAACGCCGGCACAGUUUGCAGAAGAGACCAAGCGAGCUGACCACAACACGCCAAAGGCAAUUGUGAUCUCCAUUGUGGCCACAUCUGUUCUGGGACUGGCCUACUUGAUCUCCAUCCUCUUCUGCAUAGAGGCACGCACCCGCAUUGCACCUCCCUCUAUUUCCCGCUGUUCUGGUGCUGGGUUACUGGGUAGAGCUUUGUGUGCUGCUGUGGUGCAGUCGAGGUUUGGCAGUGGGGAGGGGGGUAUAGUGCUGCUGUCUCUGGUCUUCUUGGCGGUCUUCAACACCACUGUCAUGUGUAUGGUCACCAACUCGAGGAUGCUGUGGGCGUUCUCGCGGGACGGAGGCGUUCCCUUGUACCAGGCCUGGGAGGCGAUAGAGCCCAAGACAGGGACCCCCCUGUGCGCCACAUGGGCCAUGACUGCAAUGGCUUUCCUAAUCGGGCUCCCCAUGCUUCACUCCAACGAAGCCUUUGAUGCAAUCGCGUCGAUCUGCGCCGCCGCCCUCUACCUCUCCUGUGCCAUUCCAAUAGCGCUGCGACUGUGGAAGCACAAAAGCUUCACGCCAGGGCCGUUCUCUCUGGGCAGAGCUAAUGUCGUGAUCAACACUUUGUCACUUCUCUGGAUCCUCUUCUCGGUGGGCAUCUUUGUGCUGCCGGACACGUACCCCGUAACGGCCCUGAAUUUGAAUUACUGCCCAAUCGUCAUAGGCUUAGCGCUGUUGGUUCUGCUGGUGGCCUGGUUUCUGCCAAAGUGGGGUGUUGGACGAUGGUACCGGGGCAAAGCACACACUUUGAAGGAUGCCGAUGUGGUGAUGCCCCCCCUUGAAGCUGCAAGCACCAGUGUGUUUUGCUCAGGAUUCUGGCUGGAAGCUACAGUGGCUACAAAUGUGUGCAACAUUGAAAGGUUUGAAGCCACAAAAAUGGCUAAAAACUGGCAUUUCCAGAAGAUAUCUCCUGAUUUUGGUGUUUCUCAUCAUAACUCUGCUUAA